AACACGAGCGAACGUGAUGUGGCCCGCCGAAUUCGGAAGUUGGUGCCUUGAGCUUGGUUUCGCUAUGAAGAAAGGCAACAGCAAACUCAUCUCCAUAUACUUACUACAUAGACCCUAAAAUGAAUCAAAAAAUCAGUUAACACUUUAUGGCUACUUAAACUUACGUCGAACAUUUGCGUUGCGCGUCGCCCCGUCAGGCCAUGUCGCGGACACCAUUCAAGCCAUAUUGGAGGCCUGUCGGAGGGCCUAUAUUGGGAGACCCAACGGAACCUUACUCAUGGGCGUUUUUUGCCGUAGCACAGAUCGGCGGCCGCCACCGUCCUGUUGCCGUUGUCUCGAGCCUAGUCGACAAUAGCAAUGAGGACGAGACAGUGCUACGAGGAUACCCUCUCACUGCGGCAUGUCAUCGCGUCAUUACUAUCUUCUCAGACCAAGCAAACCACCGCGCCAUCCGCGCCGAGCUUACUCUCGCUUCUGGAUAUUAUGUGAGAGAUGGCAACCGCGAGUACAGCCCAGAGCUGGUGGAGCUACCGGACUUCAACCGCAGGGAUUUCAAUCCCAGCGGUCGCAGAAGAAGCUGGUACCAUACCAGUGUGCGCGAGUUUCCCUUCAUCUCGGCUUGUCUUCUUCAGGGCGUCGCUUUUGACACCGAGCAAGAGCUCGCGCGUCCAGCAUUUCCGGAACCACUUGGCACGGUAUAUCGCGACACAAGCAUUGAAUGGGGAAUGGUGGUCAUUGAUAUUACCAACUUAGAUGCCAUUAGCUAUGGUAUUGUCGGCUUUAGGGUGGGACCUAUGACCUUCAUUGGGUCACGAAAUCACGAAAAUCACCCACCAGAUUAUGAUGGUAUUGGCUUCCACUUCGUACGUGGCACGCUCAGGGUCAUGGAUGAGGUGCGGCCCCGACGUGCCAUGUCUGCAACUGAGUAUAUGACCGAGUUCGACCAUACCUCUUCGACAACGAAUAAUAUCGACAGGCUAAUAGCCAAGGUGCCUCUGAUUAAUGUGUCUGCCAUGGAUCUUGUCUGGCCGCCCAGUAUAGAGGAAGACAUUGAAAUGUUACUAGGCAUACUACUCGAUGCCAAUAAAUCCGUAUUGGACCAAUACCAGGCUACCACAAACCUAAUACAACGUGUUUUAGAGUUAAAAGAGCCUGAUAUAUCCAUUUUAAAACAGGUUCGCACCAUGCCUCACUUCCAGGAGAUAUUUUCUCGUGCCUUGUUGCAAGACCCAGCUCGGCUUCUCACCAUGCACUCGUCUAAUCGGCUUAUUACAAUGGCGUUUCUUGACGGGGAGCAUCUCAGCUUGGAACAACUAAGCAAUCUUCCUGUGGAGGCUAUUUCGGCUAUCCUCAGUGCGCCUAACAUGGCUAAGGUCACGUCCAUCAGUAUUUGUAUCGACAGAGUUCAAGGCAAGCCAGCCCAGCUUGCCCACGCACUAUCACAAGUUGAGAGGCUUCGUAAGCUCUACUUCCUUCAAAGUCCUAUCCGGGACAGUGAUGCGCUAAGCGAGCAGCUGUUUGUGGAGCUGGCAACCUAUCCUCAGAUAUUACAACGCACAACUGUCAUGUUUGCGGGCGCCUAUUCAGCUGCCCAACGUAUGAGGUCCUGGCUCCCAAGUUCCCCGACAGCUAAUGGGGUCCAGGUGGCACCCCUUGACAUCUUUCCCGUUCAGCAAAUUCUCGUAUUAGACCAAAUGUAUGAAACGAAGGAUCGUAUCUACGUCCACUUAGGCGAUGCACUCCUUAAGCCAGAGCGCUUUGCCGCCGGCUUCUUAAUCUAUAUACAAUCACUACUAACAUCAACGGACGAAUAUACAAUUCAGCCACUGAAUCUCUUCAGCUUCUCUAGCGCCCCAUCGUUUCUUAAUGACGACCCAGAAACUGCAGCCGAGAUCAGCCCAAUUCUUGCUGAAAGCUUUUCUGUUCCUGAAUCUAUGCCUCAAGGCAAAAAUAGCAACAACCCAUAUCGUCGGCGCUGGGCACAGAUGCGCGACUUAGACCCCAAGGGCUGGACAGUCAUAGUGUCGCUGGAAACCCACAGUUCUUCUCGCGCCCUGCGAGCCCCAUAUGCAUGCCACUGCAUCCGAUACGCGUUUAUCCGUGCGCUCCAGCAACCUAUCGUAGUCAAUCAGCCUCGUCUAAUAUCGCCAGGCCCGAAAGAACUUGAGGCAGUAGGGCUAAAAGAUUUUUUGGAUGCCAUGGGAGCUGAGGUGGCUCAUGACGUUAUCGAUCGCCGCAUACAGCAAGUUGGGGAGAGAAUAGCCAGAAAACCUUAUGAAGGACCCCUUUUCCUCAAAGACCGUAUAUCAGUGUUACCCCAAGACGAUGCGGCGGAAAUUCUUCUAGGCUUUCUUGAGGACACUGUAGAAGUAAGGAAUAUUCUGAGUGCGGCAAUGGAAGAAGACUCUGAAGAUGAGCGUCGCGCCUAGUUUGAUCACCUUGCAAUUGUAUUGUAGACGAUAUAUUUAACCUAUCCUGCACUGCAGAACAAAACAUGUAUACAGAGUUUCUCGGGGGCCAGGUUAAUGCUAGCUAGACGGACGGUAGAAUCUAUAUGCAUGU